CGGCGCAGGUAGACAGACGGGCGACAGUCAGUUAGUCAGUCGGUGAGACCGGGGACGGAAGGGUGUAAGAGGAUCGGCGAGAGAGUAAGGGGAGGAAAAAAAAAUAAAUAGCAAAAGGUAAAAGAAAACCGCGAGCGGGAGCGAAAAGGGGUGAAAACAGUGGCAUACAAAGAAAGGCAAAAAGAAGGCGGGAGGGUGAAAAGCACGGGAAAUACGGCGGGAAGGAGAGGAAGAUAGAGGGUAAGAGAGAAGAUCGUAGGUGCGCUGGCCCCCCGUACCGGAGUCCGCAUUCGCCGCACAAAAGCACAACUUGCGCACUGUUGCACCGCGUUACCAAGCUACUGCGCGAGCAACCGAACUGUGCCGCUCGGCCACCCCUGCCGAGCAGUCGAGUGCUUUCGUGCGGGGUGUUUACGUCGUCGCGCGGGAUAAACACACACGUUGUCGCGGCUCGCUCUUGUAGCUCUGUCCUACGCACUCCUGCUCCCCUUUCUCUUUCGAUCGGCGUGGAUCAGCUGGAACGUUGACGCUCGGUCCAUCGCCCUCGCGUAGCUCGAGUGGACGUCCUACGUCGUGCGGAUGUGAGAAAACAGUUUCGCGGAGACGAGCGUGAUUGCUGAUCGCCGACCGUGAUCAAACGCGGCAAAGCUACGCGCGUACGGAUACGGUAGAACGGUAGAAUGUCCAAUUUGAACUACUAAUCACUUCGGCUUUAGCGCUCACCCACGGAUUACAGAGACAGCUUUCUUCACCGAACCGUGACAGUUCAGACCGUUGUUGCCGUAUUUACGUAAAUGCGUUUCGAGUAAGUCCGUAAAUUUCGCGACUUGGAACUUUAUAUCGCGUUGUGGCAGUCACGUUGGCGUGGCGUGCUCGCGAGAAAUUGGGAGAUUAGGAUCGCUAGCUCGGGGGAUUCGCUAAAUCGACGGGGUAGAGAAGCGGUGGCGGCGGGCACCGUGACAGUGCAGCAGUGUGCGACGAAGGCUGCAAUGAUACGUGACUGACUUAACCCUGAGCUCGCUUUCGUAUGUAUAUACGUCGGUACAGCUUCGAGUGGAACUCUCACGUUACCGCGAAUUGAACCGCGUGAGUGGAACGCGGCAGGGAAAGAGACGGAGAAAGAGAGACAGAGAGAGACACGUUGAUCUCGUCAUUGUUCGCGCUGGAUGUCACUACGUCAUCGCGUUGUAAGGUGUACGUGUGCGGACGUACGUAAUCGUCGUUUGUGCCUGACGUACACUCGCGCGGCAAAGUGACUACCCCGAAGUGCAGCGGUGAUAAGAAGAUACAGCCACGCGACGUGAUCGUUAGCAUAAAUGACAAGCGGAGCCAGGGCAUCGAACUGAGGACGAUUUCUGACUUAUCCAACGGGAAUCACAACAGCUCAGCUGAAUACGCGGACGCUAAUAAGCAGAUUCUGACCACCAGUCUGUCGCAUCACUAUGCUGCAGUGAUGGACAGCGAGGGCACGUUAGGCCGCGGUCAUGCAAAUGGGGGCCGUGGGCUGCGCCGUCAGCGGUCCCUGGAAUGGAGAGAACGGCGCGGUUAUGGAGCUAGUGCCCAAUCCAGCAGCGACGAUGAAGAUAACGCACGUCACGCGGUAGGGCCCGUGUCGAGCUCGUCUGUUACAAGAGGCGCGCGUAGUCCCGGUCAAGUCUUUGCCUCCAUUUUGGCACAACAAUACGGCAAUGCGGGAGACAGAUCGUACCGUACGGGAUCCGACACGGAAGGCGCAGCAACCACGGACAACCCGACCACGCCAUUUCCUACGCCGCCCCCAACCUUGACACCGAAUCAUCGGCAAGCCUCUCCGUUUCCCCUCGAAAGCACAAACUCUCGCCGGCAUCAUUAUAACGGCAGCAUAUCUUCCGAGAGAUCUCGCAACGGCAAUGGUGAGACCGUUUACGCGGCGUCCACGAAAAAGGCGACUUCCGGCGGCGGAACUUUAGGUCGAAGAACACGUCGAGGUCACGCGAGCGCCUUGAGCAGUAGCUCCACCGCGAGCGAUCGUUCCGAAACUGUCUUCCCCGAUGAACACGCUCGCAUGCAUCUUACCAAUGAUGCCGGUAGGGAUUCUCCUCCGGAACCUGCCCCGCCGGAAGUUCCACCACGUGGACCAUCUUUGCACGCAACGCAUACUUUACGCACGCAACAAAACCGAAAUGGUUGUCCACCGAACGCAUCAGGAAAUUUCACUGUGCCAAGUGAUCAAAUGCCGACCGAUUCGUAUUCGGAGUACUUGAUGUCAGGAAGUCCACGGAGUUAUCCAGCACGAUCCCCGGGGGUUGCUUCCACGCCAACCGUGACCAGGCUUCCGCCACCGCAACAGCAAGUGACGGUGGGUUCUCUGGGCGGCGGUUUAGGCGGCGCCGGAAAUGGCGGUACCGCCACGGUAGGCGCACAGGGCCAAGCCAUGGUGAUGCCGGGUUUUCCACUUCGCGCCGCAGCCGUGCCGCACUACUCCCCGUAUUCGCCGUCGCGCUUUCACAUCGAUAAACGUUGUCAGCACAGGUGCUCCUGGAAAUGCUUCUCGAUCGCCUUGAUCCUCGUGGCCGUGGCGCUAACGGCGAUGCUGGCAUACUUCGCUGCAGUGAGCUCUAUGCGCCCGAUAGACAGUACUAACUGCAUCCUGGUUCAAGAUAUCAAGGCUGUCACUCACGAAAACGCACACAUUCACGAUUCGAUAUCCACGCAGAUUCCCACAGAAGAAUCCUUGCCGACGAGUACGGCGGAGCAUUCGAGCGCCGCUGACAGCGCCAACGAUCAGCAAAGCGAUCCGCAGCAGACUCAGCAGUCUGCACAGCAAUGGCCGGCUGUGCUGGAGCUACAGGCCUACAAUGUCGCGCACUCCUCCGUCAUUCAGCCGUACACCUUCUGGAACACCGAGUUCCGCAACAAGCAGCAGGCGUUCCUCAGGCUGAAUCUGACUCUGCCAUGGGGUGCGAAUUUCGCCGUGUAUGGCAGGCGAAACGUCGCGCCCAGCGUCACGCAAUACGAUUUCGUAGAGUUCGUGAAGGGUGGCAGGAUAGUCCACAGAUUGAAGAGGGACGUUACCGCGGAAGCGGUCAGUUUUAUGAAAUCCGGCAGCUCACAGGACAUUCACAUAGAGCGUGCGAUGCAACCGGUCAUAUCCUAUCAGCAUGUACUCGUAAAGAGGACCAUUAUAGAGCCACUCAACACGGUUAACGUUAGUCUGCUGCAGUACUUUGACACCGGCGACUGGUUCCUGUCCGUAUAUAAUGACGAGCUGCAGCCUCACAAGGUCACCUUGGUCAUAACGGAAGCUGAAGGUGUGUCCACCACGUGUCCAAAUGACUGUUCCGGACGAGGAUCGUGCUAUCUUGGCAAGUGCGACUGCAUAGAUGGAUAUCAGGGUGCUGAUUGCAGCAAAAGCGUGUGCCCAGUUUUAUGCUCUUCUCAUGGACAAUACGGCGGUGGUAUGUGCCACUGCGAAGAAGGUUGGAAAGGCGCUGAGUGUGACAUACCGUUAGGUGACUGCCAAGUUCCUGAUUGCAAUCAACAUGGUCAGUGCGUUAGAGGAUCCUGUGUCUGCAAUCCCGGCUGGAAAGGCAUUUUUUGCGACGAACCCGACUGUUCCGAUCCUAACUGCAGCGGUCACGGCGCCUGUGUCUCCGGCAAGUGUUACUGCAAGGCCGGCUGGCAGGGCGAGCGGUGCAAUCAGGUCGACCAGCAGGUGUACCAGUGCUUGCCGGGCUGCUCCGAUCACGGGACAUACGACCUCGAAUCUGCGGCCUGCGUUUGCGAGGAGCACUGGACCGGGGUCGAUUGCUCACAGCCGAGUUGCGGCCUGGACUGCGGACCUCACGGAUCCUGUGAGCGGGGCCGUUGCAAAUGCCACGACGAUUGGACCGGAACGAAAUGCGAUCAAAAACCGUGCGAUGCACGCUGUGCCGAGCAUGGUCAAUGCAAGAACGGAACCUGUGUGUGCAGUCAAGGAUGGAACGGAAGGCACUGCACAUUACCCGGAUGCGAAAAUGGAUGCAGUCGCCACGGACUCUGCACGUUGCAGGACGGUGAAUACAGUUGUGAAUGCUCGACUGGUUGGGCCGGUAGGGAUUGCAGCAUACGGCUUGAAUUAGAAUGUGAUGAUUACCGUGAUAAUGACGAAGAUGGCAUGAGUGACUGUUCUGACAGCGAGUGCUGCUCGCAUCAUGCUUGUUCAGAGCAUAUCAUGUGCCUUGCUAGUAAUAAUCCCGUGGACGUUCUUCUGCGAAAACAACCUCCGAGCGUCACGGCGUCCUUUUAUCAGCGGGUGAAGUUUCUCGUCGAGGAGAACAGCGUACAGAGCUACGCCCACAUGGACGAGUACACGGAAAGUACGUUCUGGAGUUCCUUUACACCGCGUCGAGUUGCGGUGAUGCGAGGCCAAGUUGUUACCGAACAAGGACUCGGAAUAGUAGGCAUCAGAGUGUCCGUGGACAGGGAUGCGCGCUUCGGAUUCACCUUGACCAGAGCUGACGGAUGGUUCGACGUGCUGGUCAAUGGCGGAGGCGCCGUGACGCUUCAAUUCCAGCGCAGCCCCUUCAAACCACUCACGCGGACCGUCUUCGUACCCUGGAAUCAGAUCGUGGUCCUGCCGCCCGUAGUGAUGAUCCUCAGCAAAGAAGGCGAAUCGUAUAAAUCUAACCAGCCGCCGAGCCCGGCAGUGGGCUUCCCAGGGAUUUCGAUGGGACUCUUUAGCGAGCACGGCCCGUGCUUAGAGCACGAUCACGAGACGCUACGGCCCAUUAUUGUUAGCACGUGGAUGCCGGAGAAAGUCGGCGGUUUGCCCGGAAAGAGCAUGGUGUUCGCUGAAACUCAGAUCGUGCAGGAAAGCAUUGCUAUACCGGGUUCGAAUCUCCACUUGAUGUAUCAAAGCAGCCAGGCUGCGGGCUACCUCUCUACCGUGAGAAUGCAACUGACUGGACCGUUCAUUCCGAAAUCGCUGACGCACGUACACGUACACGUCGAGAUCGAGGGCUCGCUGCACACGAAAACGUACGAGGCCGAUCCGAAUCUAACACACACGUUCGCCUGGAACAAGAGGAACGUUUACAAGCAGAAGGUGUACGGUGUGGCACAGGCGAGAAUCUCCAUCGGCUAUCAACACUCCACUUGCCUGUCGGUGAUAUGGGAGACGCAGACGGCCACUUUGCAAGGCUUCGACGUCGAUAUCUCCGAUAUCGGCGGCUGGGGACUCGACAUCCAUCACCAUUACAACUUCCACGAGGGAAUUCUGCAGAAAGGCGACGGCACUACUCUCCAUUUCAAACAGUAUCCGCGCACUGUGAAAGUGGUGAUGGGCACCGGCCUCCAGAGGAGCCUCGUGUGCCAGAACUGCGACGGUCUCGCGAAAGACGCGAGACUCCUCACGCCGGUGGCACUUACAAGCGGACCCGACGGCAGCAUAUACGUCGGAGAUUUCAAUCUCGUGCGCAGAAUCACACCCGAAGGAAAAGUUUACACCGUUCUGAUUCUAAGCGCGACUCAAGUAGCAUAUCAGUACUAUCUGUGCAUCUCGCCGGCUGACGGACACCUAUACAUCAGCGAUCCGGAGAAGCAUCAAAUAUUGAAGGCCCUCUCGUUGGAACAGGUCCAAGAUCCCAGCAUCAAUAUCGAGCCCGUCGUCGGUAGUGGCGAGAGAUGUAUCCCAGGCGACGAAGGACAUUGCGGCGACGAAGGUCCGGCGAUUCAUGCGAAAUUGGCUCAUCCUAAAGGCAUUGCAAUUGCGGCUGACAAAACUAUGUACAUCGCCGACGGAACCAACAUACGUGCGGUUGAUCCUCGAGGUAUUAUACACACGCUUGUAGGUCAUCACGGCCAUCAUAAUCAUUGGUCGCCCGCGCCCUGCACCGGAGCCAUCCCCGCGCACCAGGCUCAAUUACAGUGGCCGACCGGAUUAACCCUGAGCCCAUUGGACGGAUCUCUGCACUUUAUCGACGACAGGCUAGUUCUGAAACUCACCAGCGAUUUGAAGGUGCGCGUGGUUGCUGGAACGCCUCUCCACUGCACCAGCAAUGCGAACAACAACAACAACAACGGUAAUGGAGAGCUGCCGAAAUUAAACUCGUCGAUAACGACGAAUCUGAAGAAACCGGACGAGGUGCUCGGAUCGGUGCUGGCCGUCGGUUUCAGUCCGACGGGCGAGCUGUACAUAGCGGAUCGCGAUUCUCACCGAGUGAACUCCAUCAGGGUCGUCGACUCGUCCGGAAAAAUGUCGCACUUUGCCGGCCAGCAGCAGGAGAGACUACGCGGCCAGUGUGAAUGCAACAAUACUACACCCAGUACUAAGGACAUGGACGCGUGCGCCUGCACGGACGACACUAGCAGCACCGAGACGCUCCUAUCGUCGAAUGCCAAAUUUAUCGCGAUAUCCGCCCUGGCGAUUUCGCCGGACGGUGUCUUACACGUGGCCGACCAGGGCAGCCUUCACAUCCUAGCUCUCCAACCGUAUCUACCGAACCACGACGAAAGUGGAGAGUUCCACAUUCCAUUCCCACCCUCAAACGAGAUCUAUGUGUUCAAUCGUUACGGCCAACACAUCUCCACGAAGGAUCUGACAUCUGGGAAGACUCGCUAUUCUUUCCUGUACAGCAAGAAUACGAGCUUCGGCAAGCUUUCCACGGUGACGGACAGCGCGGGCAAUAAGAUACAAUUCCUGCGAGAUUACAGCAGUGUCGUUAGCUCCAUCGAGAAUACACAAGAUCACAAGUCCGAGUUGAAGAUCUCCGCGGUUGGAUUUUUGGAGAAAUUGUCCGAACGCGGCAGGGCGGAAAUUGCUCUGGGCUACGACGGCUCUACCGGUUUGCUUACCAGCAGAUCAGGAGGCGACGAAACGUACAUAUAUAAUUAUGACAGUCUGGGACGUGUGACCGAUGUAAUACUGCCGACAGGCGAGAAGCUGAAAUUAUUAUCGGACUUGUCCGACGAUGAAAGUCUAUUGGUCAAGGUAUCCGCUCCGUUGCAAGCUUUAUCAAAAGGCGACAAGCAACGAUCUGUGGAAUUUGAGAUGAAGAACGAGAAGUCCAAGAUGUUGACGAUCACUGACGGCACCAAGCUGUUGAAGGCAAUUUCAUUUACUAACAGCAGUCUGGAAGUGUUUCUGCCUGGUGGCGGCCGAGUGUUGAGCGCGGCCACGACAAAACAUCCGCUGUUGGAGCCAUCUUUGCCAGUGGAAGCGGAAAUGCUGCCCAUGUGGAGCUACCAAGUGAUGUCUCUGGGAGAACUAACAAACAUCAUGACAACGACGUAUAAUCUAGUCGGUGAUGUCAGUCAUUCCCAGCAAACGCUCAAUAGAGAGAUCUGGGUGAACGACACGCGAGUGAUAGGCGUCGAGUUCGAGCAGGCUAAUAGCCGCGAAACAUUCUACGACAAAACAGGAACCGCCCUGCUGACGGUGACCUUCGAUCUCGCCGGCCUGCCCUUAAUUUGGCAACCGCACGAACAGGGCCAUAAUCUUAGCAUCACCUACGACCGAUUCAACAGAAUCGAUAGCUGGAAAUGGGGCGCCUCCGACGAAUCCUACGGCUACGAUCGGCACGGUCAGCUGGCGGAAAUCACCAACAGCAAGGACGGCACGAAACGGUACACCUACAACGACUUCAACAUGCUGUCGAAGAUCACGCUCGCCAGCAACAGGCAAUUCUCGUUGCAAUACGACGACGACGGUGGGCUGCGACACAUCAUACUGCCGUCGGAAACCAAGCACUCCUUCUCCUGUCAAGCUUCCCUCGGCUUUCUCAGGGUGACGUACACUCCGCCCGGCAGCACCAGAGCUUACCUGCAGCAUUACAGUCACGAUGGAAAUCUGCUACAGACCGUGUUCCCGGGAGACGGCGCGCGCAUCGUCUACAGAUAUCACACCUCGGGUCAGCUGGCAGAGGUUGUCCACGGCGACGGUAAGAGCGAGAUCAGGUACACCGAGAGCGGCCUGCCCUCCGAGGUGAUACACUCCGAGAGAGAUGUGGAGUACAAGUGGGAUUAUCAGUACAGCGCGGGUCUUCUGGUGGAAGAACGCAUAGAUUUCGGCGCCAAGACCGGCCUGAGCAACGCCAAGUUCACCUUCGAGUACGAUUCCAACUUCCGACUGGUCGCGGUGCAGGGUAGAAUAGGCGGGCAAACGCUGCCGCCGCACACCAUGGCUUACAGUCCGAAGUCGGGCACGCUGGAGCAGAUCGGCCAGUUCAAAGUGACGAGGCCGCAGAUCAAUGAGACGACCGUGUUCGAUGGCACCGCGCUGUUCUCGCGCAUCACGGAUGAUCGGUUCCUGGAGACUCAAGUCACAGUGACGAUCCAUCGAAUGGAGGUGUUCAGGAUGGAGUUCACGCACGAUUCACGCGGCCGCAUCAAUCAAACGAGAACGUACACGCGCAACGUCGCCGUCAACACGUACACGAAUGUCAAGAACUAUACGUGGGAUUGCGACGGCCAGUUGACCGGCGUGGAGGCGCAGGAGCCGUGGGGCUUCAAAUACGACGCCAACGGCAACAUGCUGUCGCUGACGUACCGCGGUAACACGAUUCCGAUGGAGUACAAUACCAUGGAUCGGAUAGUCAAGUUCGGCGAGGGUCUGUACAAGUACGACAACCGGGGUCUUGUCGUGCAGAACGCGAGAGAGGAGAGAUUUAAUUACAACGCCAAGGGGCUGCUCGUGCGCGCCAUCAAACGCGGCCGCUUCGACGUGCGAUACUAUUACGAUCAUUUGGACCGCCUGGCCACCAGGAAGGACAAUUACGGCAACGUCACGCAGUUCUUCUACAACAACCAGAAGCGCCCGCACGAAGUGAGCCAGAUAUACAGUCCGCGCGACGGUAAACUGAUGUCGCUCGUCUACGACGACAGGGGACACCUCAUUUAUGCACAAGUGUACCGACACAAAUAUUAUAUCGCCACCGAUCAGUGCGGCACUCCCAUUAUGAUCUUCAAUCAGUACGGAGAAGGCAUCAGGGAAAUUAUGCGAUCACCUUACGGCCACAUAGUUUACGAUUCGAAUCCAUAUCUUUACUUGCCGGUCGACUUCUGCGGCGGACUUUUGGAUCAGGUCACAUCUUUAGUCCACAUGCCAAACGGAAAGGUUUACGAUCCGUUGAUAGGUCAGUGGAUGUCACCGCUGUGGGAAAAUGUUUUAGACCGAGUAGACAAGCCGACGCACUUACAUCUCUAUAGAUUUAACGGAAACGAUCCGAUUGACGUUAGACAUACAGACAGACCAAGCCAACCAACUGAUCACAUAUCAUGGCUGACGCAUCUCGGAUACGAUUUGAAGAGUCUGGCGCCGCAGCUGUUCCCGAAUGAACUUCCGGAGAGCCUCGUUCCUCAGGCGCCUGGUCCGGGCACUUCCAUAUUCGGCAAGAAGAAGAGAACGCGCAAUCUGGGCGUACAGUCCGGUUUCCUCGCGCACAUCGCUCAGAGGCAUUCGGGCGACGCUGUGAGUUUAUCGGCGCCGCCGCGAUCGGCUCUGAAGAAGGACACCAGCGAGCUGAUACCCAGCCGUUUGGGCGCGGCGUCGGAUCCGCCGUUCGGCAAAGGCAUCCUGGUGUCGAGAACCGCCGACGGUCAGGCGGUGGUGUCCAGCGUGCCGAGCGCGAACGCGAUCUACGGCGACGUGUUCACAUCCGUGUUCAAUCGCUCCUACUUCCUGCCGUUCACAUUCGUCGUGCACAGCGCGCAGCAGGACGCCUUCUACUUCGUCAAGGAGGAAACCUGGCGGGCCAGCGAGGAUCGCGGUCAGCUGAAGCGGCUAGGCGGUCAGGUGAACACCACGUUCCACGAGAACGAGAACGGCAGCGGCAGCAGCUCGCUAAUCGACGUGAAGAUACACGGCGCCAGCUACGUGGUGAAUCUACGCUACGGCACUACGGCGGAGAAGGAGAAGCAGAGACUGCUGCAUCACGCGAAGGCGACCGCUAUCAGGAAAGCGUGGCACCGGGAGCGCGAGGCGCUCAAGGCGAACACCCCGACAUCCGUCGAGUGGAUGGCCGCCGAGCAGGAUGAGAUACUGAAGAUCGGCCUUGCGUCCAAUUACGAAGGCGAAUAUAUACACGACGCGCAGCAGUACCCCGAACUCGCGGAGGACCCCUACAACAUCAGGUUCGUGAAAAAGGCCGUCGAUCAGUCGAGCAAGAAGCGACGCAGGAGGAGAGGCGCGCCGUCCUGUAAGCUCUGGUGGAUAGACAAGAUGUGCUAGAGCGACACCGCAUCCGGGAGUCAGUCGUAUCGUCCCCCUCGCGCGGGGACAUUGUCCAGUAUCGAAGCCGUGGAAACUUUGGAGUGAGCGACAUCAGGAAAGAGAGAGAGAGACGCGUGAAAGUCAACGUGGAAGGUAAAGAGAGCCGAGCGAGCCGCUGUUGCACGCAGUAGCGCAGCGUCCGUAUAUGCACGCCGCAUAUAUAAACGUACUGAACACUAUCAAAAAGUUUUAUACCAAAGUCUAUUUGUGUAUUUCAAAGAUGCCAAAAACACUAUAACGUUAUAUUAUAUAUAAUAUAUUAUAAAUAUACGCGAGAUAUAGGGUACAUAGUGUGUAAGAGCGUUUAAGCACACGCGGAGGAACGCGAGUUUCACCAAGUAUUCGCUCCACGGACCAGCUGCGCGACCGAUCCGCGAUUGGCAGAUCCGCGAAAGCCUUAUAAGCGACGGCGGGGAAAAGGAGAGGAGAGAACCGGGAGAAUGGAGAACUGCUCGAUCCUGAACUGCGAGCUGUGGAAGACGGUGGGAACAUUGCGAAGAUUUUCUUCCGGAGAAUUCGGCGCGACGUGAGCGCAGCUGGAGAGCUCUCGUUUGCCAGUUCGCAGGUUUGGAUUCAGUUCCAGGAACCCCCCCCCUCUGGCUAUGUUCGCGCGAGGCAAGGCCGGCAAGCUCGUCGAGCUUGCGUUCGAGGCCUAAGAAUACGGCGGACCGUAUGUCGUGUACAUCGUACACGAAUGGUACACCGCAUUGAUACAAGGUAAUUAUAUUGUAUAUCGUGAACGAUGGAAAAAAGAAGAAGAAGGAGAAACAGAGAAACAGGCCAUUCGUCGUUGAGGGCGACUCGAGUGAGAGAAACUAGUCAAUACAUAGCUUUACAUUGACGUAGCAACUUUCUUCGGUGUAGGAUAAAUGCGAGGAGAGUGCGAAACAGGAAGAACGACGCUAUUGACGUCACGACGUUACAAGCCACGUGUGUGUUUGCCCGGCCAGUCUUGUUCGACCGAAGUUUUAACGUCGUACUUAGGGGAAGAAGCGCGGUGAGUGGCGGAAGAACGGUAUCCGCAGCAACAGAUGUAGUCGCUUGGGAGCGCGAAGACAAACACGAAACGUGUCUCAACAAUGAAUGGCCCCGGUGAGAAGCGGACCGAAGAAAAGAAAUCGAAAUGAGGCGACCUUCUCGGUGUUCUGGAAGAGGAGCGGCGAUCGUGCGGAUUCGAUCGUGCGGUCUCGAGCUUGAAUUUCCGUUCGCGGCUUUAGGCAAUUAAGAACGAGACGAAUUUGUAUUAUAAAGUGGUGCUUUUCUUGUACGGCAAGAGAGAGAGAGAGAGAGAGCGAGAGCGAGAGAGAGAAUGAGAGAGAGAGAGAGAGUGAACGAGAGAGACCGAAUGAGAGAAAUCGGUGGAGUGAUGAGCGUGCAUGUGGACGUCGGAUACCAAUAGCGAAACUAAGCGUAUUUUUAACAUGUGGAUGUGUCCUAUCCGUAGCGUAAGCGCUCCCGAUCGUCGCCGAUCGGCGAAUCUGUAUCGCAUCGUCGUGUGCGCGAGUGUGCAGAGAGAUAAUCGUUCGGGAUCGACAGUGGGGAAGUUCCUCCGUGACUCGCGGCAGGAGAACCGUGUGAACCGAUGUCCGCGCAUAGUAACGAAGGGCAAACACGAUGGUGGAAUGAAAACUCAUUAUCGGUAAAUAAAUACGUAUACAAUAUCGCAUAUUUGUGCUUGCUGGAUAUGAACGUAUUCGAACGUUAAACUAUGUUUCCUCACCGAGAAUACUAAGUAUGUGUAUCCAAAAUUACCGCUCGCCAAGUACCGAUCGUUUCGCCUGUAUGUGUAUGUGUGUACGCGCGCGUGUACGUGUGUAUAAGUGUGCGCCGAUCGCUCCCCCCAGCGCACAAAACCCAUAUACGUGCAUCGAACCACCUUUAGCACACCGGAAGUACCUCUCGUUGCCCCCAUUUCCCCCCUCCCUCCUUCCAUACCCCGUCCGUGAGUCCUUUGCCGCCCUUUCCCUCGUCCUUCUCUUCCUCGUGUAAUCCCGGAUCUAUCGAUCCAUCGCUCGUAUUGUUUGCUCGCGUCUCCACGAACGUUCGUACUCGCCAUUGAUAUUUUGCAGCGCGGCUUUAGAGACGGUGCCGUUUAUGGAUAGUUAAUGGCACAACGACAUAUUGCUGUCUGAAUAGAUGAAAGAAAAAAAACGUUAUCUAUAUGCUGAGUGUAUAAAAAAAUAAAUAUAUAUAUAUAUAUAUAUAGAAAGAGAGAAAAAGAGAAAUAUAGAAAAGCUUCGUAACGUAUUUUUAACUCGAGCGAGUGUUUAGACCUAUGAUAGCCGACCAACGCAAAAUCCUAAAAGACGUCUAAGAGAUGUCCGUAGGAUGUCUGGAAAAAAAAAACUAAUAGUUUACGGCUUCUUUUAGGGAUUGUGUUGUCUGGGUAAUUCCAAACCGCGGUCCAAAACAAGCUCCCAUCGGAGACGCGCGCGCUCGCGUCGACGAGGCCGCAAGGGCGAGCCUUUUUGUACAUUUCACGUUCUCGUCGCCACGUGCGAGCGCGCGAAACGAUGCGGUGAAACGGAACUCGCUAAAUCGCACCGCGAAUCUAUCUCCGUGCGUGUUCAUCAUCGCGUUCUCUUACGGACGGCCGCGCGAACGAGCUCGAUCGUCGAGCUGCAUUCCUCCCUCGCUUAUUCGACGUCGGGCUGAUAUUCCAAUUUAACUUCGUUCUAACUUUAUCACUAGAAAGUAUUCCAUCUUCAAAAGAUUGAAAAUCUUGGAAGCGACUUGUCUCGAUUGAAUUCGGUCUCUCAUGAGCAAUCGUCUUCAUCUUGAAUCACGCACUUUAUUUUAAUGUAAAAAUUUAAUAAGAACACUGACAAUCCUAUACUGAAUAAUGACGAUGAAGCAAUUACUAUCUCUCAUCUUAAUGAUAAAAGUAAUAAUAAUGGACUGCCAUCGAUUUUCUAUAAAUUGCAACUUUCUCGAGCGAAAUAGGAAUGCCUCGACACUCGUGGACGUCUAAACACUCAUCGUCCCUCCCCGGCCAGCCAGCCCUUCACACCUGCUCCCCACUGCCCGUCACACUCUUGAUCUUUAACCGUAUUAUGUAUUCGCCGUCGGAUCCGGCAGCGGUGCGUUCAAGAAGAAUCGACUAUUUUUAAAUAUCACGUGUCAAAUUAACGAGCGGGCCAGCGUUAGCCGCGAUACGUGUCGUAAGAACGGGCGGGGCCCCCCAUUCGACUCGAGGCCCGACCGUCACACGAUUAUAAUAUUAGGAAAAGAAAUUCACUCUCUAACUUCCGUGAAGUUUCAUCUCUCGUUUUUGCGAACUCGUUCCAGAUUCGUUCGUCCCCCCGCGGAUGGUCGUGGGGGAUCGCGACAAUUCCAUGUACUUCUUUAAAUAAAAAAGAAAAAAAAACGAAGUAGAGCGCGCGAAGAAAUAAUAAUUAUAUGAGAUAAAUAAAUAAAUAAAUAUAUAUAAAUAUAUUGAGAAAAUAUAUAUACACAAACACACACACGAGAGGAGCUAGUGUGGCCAAUUAUAUAGCAGUAAUUGUCGAUCCACGCAUUGCGGCGCGAUUGGUUCUCGAGACGCGCGAUUUCGGACUCGAGUGCGACUCCACGCCGAAGAAAAAAAAAAAAAAAUAAUGGAAAAAGAAAUUCGGAAUUCCGGAAACGUGACGGAAGUUGAGGAUGUGAGAGCGAGAGCGAGCGAGAAAGAGAGAGAGAGAAAGGCAGCGUGAAAGUGAGAAAUAUUGAGGAUUAAGCGAGCGCGAAAGAGAAGCAGAGGAGUCAGCCACGCUAAAGCUACUACGACCACUACCCUAGAUAGAUUACGCUACUUUGCCGCUGAUCUAAUUGUUUACUGUCACGUGUUGCUGUAAACCUAAACCUAACGAUACGAUAUUAUAUAUAUUUUAUUUAUAUAACCUAAUCGACUGUAUUUAUUGUAAAUAGUCACGAUGUUUGCUAUGAUAUAAUAUAUCUGUAAUUGGAU